UUUUCUUUGUUACUCAGUUCGCCAACUGUCAAUGUACCGUGUUGUCAGUUAGGCUGGAGGUUGCAGGGAACCUUUCGGCUCGGCCCAUGGUGCUUUGAAGCCGUUGGUGAUACUCAGUAAAUUAAGUGUACAGUAUAGUUCUCCGUAGAAUUAGUUGAAGUGCAUUAAAAUGUUAUCGUUUGUGUGAAAUAUCGACGAAGUGAUGCGGACCUGACUCCCGGCAGUGCUAUUUGCAACGAACUUCUAAGUGUACGUGUACGGAUUUCAUAGCGUCCAAAGUUGCAUUUCUGCAUCGGCUUCCUAACGACUUGCAAUUUCACUAACCGAGCGAUUUCCAGUGGUUUCCUCAACUUCUCUAGUCUGUUUUUGUUUUCCUUUUCGUUUUAAAUUUGCCAAAGCCUUACCAAAUAUCUGUCCACUUCGUAACUCUAUUCUUUACAGUUUAUCUACCUCUAUUAUCCGUUAUCUAGUGAUUUACCUCUCAGACUACUUGCCCUCUUCAAAUCAGCCUAUUUCUCUUUCAAACUUUUUAAGUACACCUCUGUGUCGUCCCGGGAUGAGUGAAAGUUGAAACUUUCCUGUAAAGCGUUAUUUGAACCGAGAGCUAUAUUCAUCGUCUAAUUCCUUCAAGUUUUGAGUCAAUUUGUGAUCUAAUGUGGGGUCUAGAAAACAUCACAGAAAUGUGGAUUACCAUCAUGAUGUUCAUUUUCUGACCCGAGGAAUCUUCCCUUAUCGGUAAUUUGUGAUAACUAUCUAGUUAAAUUAGCAGAUAAUCUCGAGGAAUUAAAAUUCUGUCUUGAAAGUCUGGAAUUAUGAACACUCCCAGCAAAUCUUAUCCAUUACAAAGAAGAAUGGCGCCCGGAUCGGCAGACAAAGAAAACUCAGGAUACAUGCUGUUAAAAAGCCCCGCCUGUCCUUUCCUGAGCCCUGCCAAAAUUUCAAAUGAGAAUUCUUUGUUGCCACCGGAUUUUCAGUCACUUCUCAGUGGAGAUAUUCUUAGUGACCAAGUCAGUAAUAGCCUGUCAGCUGGCUCAGAAUUUAGAUUUCCAGUACAUUUAAACCAUAAAAACAAUGUUGAAAGACAAGGAACACCUAGCCGCCUAUGUAGUCCAUUCUCAUUAUCAACCAAUUGCCGUACACCUAAAGCGUUGUCUCAUGAAGGUAUUCUACCUCUGACGCCUCACGACAGCAACACAAACAAGAGAGUAGCAGACCCAACCAUACUAGAAGAGGACUCCCCUGUAAUAAAACGCAAUAGACUGCUUGAUAAUUCAACACUGAAGGAUAGGAAUUCGUUCGUAAUCAGUCCAAUGGUUCGUCAUAAAACAACUCUCCACGACUAUGGUUUCAAUCCAGUGUCUUCGCGGCCGAAGCUGUAUCGUUCGUUCUCAGAAGCCGUAGAUGCUAAGUCUGCUGUGGAUCGCUCGAACUUAGAUCCUAAUCUGAUUGGAGACUACAGUCGACCAUGUAUUCUGCCCCUAACCCUUGGAAAACAUGUCGAUCUUAAAAGCAUCUCUUGUGAUACAUUAGCCAAAUUAAUGAAUGGAGAUUUUAGUCAAGACAUUAAAUCUUUCACCAUAAUCGACUGCCGGUAUCCGUAUGAAUACGAAGGUGGUCAUAUUAGAGGCGCUAGAAAUAUAUAUUCUGAAGAAGAAAUUGUUAAACAAUUUGUCGAUGUAAAGAAGAAAUUUAGUUCAAAUUCAAAUACUUCAAGUGUAGAUUCUAAGCAUCAUGUUCUAAUAUUUCACUGUGAAUUUUCAUCAGAAAGAGGUCCAAAAUUAUGUCGGUUCCUGCGGAAACAAGACCGGCAAAAUAACUUGUAUCCCGAUUUGCAUUAUCCCGAAACGUACCUGUUGCACGGAGGUUAUAAAGCAUUUUUCGAAAAGUAUCGCACGUUAUGCGAACCUUGUAGCUAUUUACCAAUGGUUCAUCCGGACCACGAGGACGAACUGCGCCAUUUUAGAUCCAAGUCGAAAACAUGGAGUGCUGGACAACCCAGCGGGAGUAGAGGAUCGCUAAAAUCCAGCUUUAGACGAUUAGGGUUUAGUUAGUUAUUCUUUUAGUGUGCACCAGGGUUUUUUCUUUUUCUUACUCUUUCUGAUUUUUCGCUUUUUUUUUUUUUUAUUUCUGUCGAUCACUCUUCAACUGGACUCACUCCAACUGUUCUAAGUUCUUAGCUCAAUUCUAUGUUCUUUCAUCUUAACAGCUUAACCGAAUCUUUUUUUAUUUAUUUAUUUUUUUUUUUUGAUAAACAAUGACUAUGAUUUGCAGAACGAAUGUAAGUUGUCUCUUUCAAAAAUGGUUUCUCAGUUCCAUAGAAUGUCUUAAUUUUUCUCAGGUUUUUAUUGCUCACUUAAUGCUAUGCGUAACUUAUUUGAAAUACUUAUUUAGAGUAGAGUAUUUUUGCAACAAAUGACAUCUCUCAGGGUUAGAGCCAGAGGGGCUACAUUUUAGCCUAACAUUGUAAAGUUUCACCCCACAACUUGCUUUAUUCACUAGAAGGUGCAUGUUUUGUACUGAAAAUUUUAGAAACUGUUUUGUAAGCCCCUCAGAAAAUUCUUUUAAAUUUUAUUUGAAAAUUUGUAACUUGUUAUUCAGUAAACAAAAACAACGAAAAAAAGUAUCACUAAAUGAAACUUCACAACAUUGUAUUCUGAUAAAGCCACCCUGGCUGUAACUUUAUUUACUUGCUGGAACUGUAAGCUUCAAGCUCAUUUUUUAUUGACACAUUUUUGGGAGGAAACCGUUCAUGAGGCCAGGUUUCUCAUGAAUGAUUUUCAGAUGUCAGUUAAUUGAUAAUGUACUCUUACUGCUCAAUUUUUGAAAUUGCUCAAACUUUUUUUUCGGAUUUGCAUCUCAAUUUUUGUUUAUCUGAAAGUAUCAGUGAAACUCUGUUGAAAAUUAUCUGUAUUUUCAGCUACAACUUAGAUUUCCUUGACUAGUGAAUGUGGGCAAUCAGUCGGCGUUCCCUGAAGAAUGACUAACGAAGUUGAACUUUUAAAGAAUCAAAUUUCUGCUACAUGUAAAACUGAGAAAUCAAAUUUGAAAGUUUUUUUAUGUGCCAUGCAUUGUGUUACUAAUUUUGGGAUUUUCUGUACGCUCUGUAAUGGCGUUUGAAGGCUCUAAUUGGGCUUGAAAACAGGAAAGGAUUCCUAAAUUCAAAACUCAGUCAUUUGUUUAUCAUAUUGCACUCUGGGAUGAGUUUUUAAUUCAUCCCGAGUCUAUUUCUUCAAAUCCUGUCUAUUGAAGCUUUCAUUUUUUUGAAACAGCAGUGGCAUUGUUGGGUGUUGUGUUAAUGGGUCAUCAUCAACCAAAUAAUCCUACCGCCAGCAAAGCCACUGUUGCUCAGAAGUUUUUAGGUUAGGCGCGGAUGGAAACUAAAAUAUUUAAGACUGCGAUGAAUCAGUAUCACUGCCUCCUCCUUAUAAUGAAAUUGUGUUUGUAUAAAUAAUGAUCUCCAUCCGUUCAUGUUUGAGAGAAGAGCACUCGUUUUUAUUUCACGCUUUUAUUUUGUAAUAAUGUUCAACGAUAAAAAUGUGGAGAACAGUUGUUUUUAGUUUUCAGAGUUUAUAAUUAAGUGUUUCGAAACCAAAGUUAUGGUAGAGCUCAAGUUUUUUCUCUUAGACUGAAAAGGGUCCUGUUGCAAUGUGUAGCUUAGUGAUUUCAGUUUAUGGAGCAUCUUGAUGGUGUAACUGGAAAAAAAUUCUCUCAAUUGUCAACGCUCUUAUUUUCUCUUUAUGGAGAGGGCCAAGAAUCGUUUUUAAUGGAAUUAUCAAAAAAAUUCACACACUCAAGUUUUGGGAAACAAUGGGCUUGGUUUUUCUGCAGAAUAACAAUGCGACUAGAAAUUUGGAAUGUUGCAAAUCAGGAAUCAUUUUUUCCAGUACACCAUCGAUUGUAGAUGAUCAAGAUUUGUGUCAAAUUUUUGAAUCAGAGUCAAAUUUCUUACGCUGGAAUAUGAUCAGACCUCUUUCUCUUAUACUCAAGAUAAGUUACUGCAAGUGUACAGCGUUUUAGAAUUUCUCUCUUAUUCUUUGUCACAGCCUCUUGCUUCUCUACGGUCACCCUUUGUUUUACUCAAUCGAGUGUUUUAGCUGGAUGUCAAGGUGAUGCAUGCCUUUACUUUAAUCUAACUUGUAUAAGUUCUUUUUGCCUGUUCUUGUUGGAGAUUUGUAUCAAUUGCUAAAGCCAGUUUCAAUUUUUUGAAUGCACGAAAGUUGUCUAGGAACAUCAAACGAAUUUUGCUAAGUUCGGUCUCAUCAUACAUUUGUAUUAAAAAUACGAAAUGACUGCAUCCAGAAGCGCAAUUCAGUCAGGAAAAAUCUCCUUUAGAAACUCUUAAUCACAAUUGAAAGUAUUCGAACACAAAUCAUGACAGAAAGUCAAUUUGACAAGUCAAUCCGAAGGAUGGUUUUAGGGGAUACUUCCAAUUUUAAUUUAGCGUUGCUGAAAGUGAUCCAUUUAUGAAUUGCCAACUACGCUGUGCUUCUUGGCGUGAUUGUUUUGUUUCAUUAUAAAAAUUUGAGCUGGAACCACUGUUUAAGAAAAACUGUCUCAACUUGUGGAUGUUGAUUUACUUUAACUAGGCAUAUAACGAAGUUGUAAUGGUUUGGUCACCAUAAUCUUGCUCAUAUGGGGAUUCAUUCAGUGGAAAACCUCUCAUGAAAUACCUCUUUGUUCACCUUAAAUAACAUUAAUGUAAUUUCAAUCCUUAGCAAAAACGCUGUCUUUGCUUUUUUUCUCUCUAUUGACCGUUCUGACCCUUGCAGUGGAAAACGGGGGGAAGCGAAUUUUUUUUUUCUUUCUUUCUUUCUUUCGUGGAAGGCAAGAAUGAUAAAAUGUUGCAUUAUCUCCCUCAAGGACAGCAAAGAAAUAGGUAACAACAAGUAAAUGUACCACCAACUCAUGUACUUCAAUAUUGACGAGGGUGCAAUUAAUGUCAGUUUUAGAAUAUGUAGGGGAGGUUAUUUGAUUUUUGGGGCAUGAUUUAUCCCAGAUUUUCAUCAAUUUUGAAAGCCAAAAGCUCUCGGUUCCAAGAUUCCAGAGGUUUUAAAGACUUUCACAGUAGAAUCAACUUGCACAGAGUUCUUGCUACAAAUUCUGGGAGACAUGCCCCUCAAAUGUUAAUAUCCGUGGAAGAUGAAAUCAAAUUAACCAUUUUAUGCGAGUCAUUCGAAAUUUGUGCAUGAUUUUUUUAAAGUUGUUUAUUGAAGCAGCAAUUCCAGUCCUCCUUCACCAUAUGUAUCUAAUUCUGCCUUGAUUGGCGUCUUUCAUGUUAAGGGUAUCUACUAAGUAGGCCGUUAUGGGUUUGCUUUUUAUUAUCUCCCUUAUGUGUAUGAAAUGUGAUUUUAUUGUGUUAGUGCUGGAAAUGAAAAUGUAAUUUGAUUUUAAUGAAUUUUUUCUUUUACUAUCUCUAAAAAUGAAGAAGAUGGCAGUUGCCAACCCACCUCUUGAUAUUAGUUCCUCAUUGUUUAGCCAUCCAUGAAAAUUUAUUCUAGAAUGCGAGUUUCAUGGAAUUUAAUCUAAUGGAAAAGGAAUUAAAACAAAUCUCCCUCAUUUUAAGCACGAAACUAAAAUGAUAUUGUUUGUACUGCUUGUUAAAAAUGUAAGUUAGAAAAAUAAAAUUAUUAAAUCUGUAAAGCAAA